AUCACACGUUUGUUUGUCAACAUAACAUCAGUUGGAAUAUCAUCUGUUGCAAAAUUGCAAGUUUGAAGUUGUUUAAGUUUCAAAAACUUAAACUUUCCAUUAUUUGCCAGUUAACAAAAUUUUAGAGUUAGUUAAUUUAUUUGAAUAAUGUAAAACCACAAACAGCUGACGUGAACUUAACCAUGGAAAAAAUUGCUUGCAACAAUUGUUCCACUGAGAAUUCAGAAUUGGUUUCAAUAAUUAGAAAAACUACGAUAGAUAACGAGGAGGAUGUUGACGAGUUAUCCAUUUCCGCCGGUUUUUCUCACCUGGUGGAUUUCUGGCUAGGGGAAACUCACCGCGAGGAGGGGGAGGACUCCCCAUUAUUAAAUUUCUGCCCCCAAUGUUCCCAAGUUUUCCAAAAUGUGUACAAUGUUUCGCUCCAAUUUAUCCAAAUGACCGACAAAGAAGGCGAACUUUGCAAGAAAUUGAGCCACCUUAGAGAGCAAAUAUCCACCCCGCGACCCCACCCAAGGUUGCGGAAAAGGCGACAAUUUUCAGAAAUCAAGAAUAGAAAAUCUAGUCUCGGUUUUUCAAAAAUAUAUGACAACCCUGCCACAUCACGGAAUACAAGAUUAAGAAGUACUGGUCUCCAUGACGACGACAACGCAUCCCAAAAGAUUAGAGAGAAGAAAGGAGUCGAGGAGGACGAUUUACUCGCAAAAAUAAAGGAGGAAUCAGUAUCCAGUGACGAGAACGAAAUUAGUCAUGAACAAUUAGUCGAAACUGUUAUGUCGAAUGAGGACGAUUUUAUGAAUUCAGGUGACGACGACGAUGACGACGAAUUAGCCGAGUUUGAAAUCAACCCCUUAAAAAAUGAAGAUUCUGACGAUUCUUCCUCCCAAUCUGACCGCCCAUCGAGACAACGACGUUCCGCUAAAACCCCGCAGCGACGGAUCCCCUGCCCAGUUGAUAAUUGUGAUAAGACCUUCGCACGAAGAGAUCGGUUUCACACCCAUUUAAAGAAUUUCCAUCAAGACGUCAACAAAAAAGGGUUUAGCAUGGGGCGCACGUACCCAAAAACUGUUCCCUGUCCGAUCGAAUCCUGUUCCAAAAUGUUUUCGAGACGGCAUCGCUUGGACCUUCAUUUAAAAGCGGUGCAUCCCCAGGCGACAAGCGAAGAGGGUGGGGUUGACGUCGUCAAAAAAAGGGUACGACGACGGCUGGAGAAAGCUUGUCCCCUCUGCGGAAAAUUGGUGCGGUCGACGAAUCUACAGUUUCAUAUUAGAACGCACUCGAACAAGGGAUCGAAAAAACACUCUCAAUUUUGUUCCAAAUGGAGGAAUGCAUCGGAACAAAAUUAACCGAGUACUGGACAGAUACGAGGAACGCGGAAAUGCAGAUUUCAAAAAAUCAGUUUGCCGACCUGCCCUACUGGGAUCGGUGAAAGUAGUGAAGAGAGUGGACAUAGCUUUUCUCAAGAAACAUUAUUUAUUAUUUUCAAGAGUUCGAAUUCUAAACUCUAAUUGAAAAGUGUAUCAUAAAGAGAUUGACCCCCUUCAUCAAAAACAAGCAUGUCAUGGACAUGACGACAUCCCACUAUGACAAGAUUGUGACCGACUUUUUUCGAAGCAAAAAUAUCGAUUUUGUUGAAAAAAGAGACGGCGCUCCAAAUUUACGUCAAGCGAGUCCAAUUGAACGGUUUUGGGCACUAAUUAAGAAGGAAUAUUCCAAUAGACAAAAACCACCCGAAAACUUGCGAGAAUUUAUACAGGUCAUGACGGCAAUAAUAAAACUCGUUGGGGAAACCAGUGGCAAAACGUUCUUGCGACCGUUCGCAAAAAGCUUGGCUCAAACGGAAGGAAUGGAGUGUUUGGACCAUUGGUGGACAAUUACAGAGCAUGGGCCAUCCUUACGUAGAAAUUUUUAACAAUUUUUCUAACCUACAUAUGAAUUUUUUUUGGAUAAUUGACUUGCACGAUCUGAUGCCCCUUGUUCUGGGCUACAGGCCUACAGCGCUUUUUCCUUCAUGAAAACACUUCCUGACACUUUUGAAGGCUUAUUUUUAACCACUCGUCCAAAAGACUUUUCCAAAGUCAAUUUACAGUCGUAGAUAAUUUGUACAUUUUCUCCACAAUGCACAGCAAAUUGAUCUUCUCCCAUUCAAGUCAUCUACCCUGAACAAAGCUUCAUCGAUUGUGACCACCUCUUCGUCCCUACCUCCAGCAAGGUGGUUCUGGUACAGCUUUUUGUUGCAAAAAGUGACAAUUAGUGAUGUAACGCAGGUUCAACGCAGUUUUGCCUUCAUCAGUUUGAUUUUGUCUAAAUCACGUUUAACGACUCUUUGAAUAGUUGUGGGCUUCGAUUUUAGUAGUUUUGCCAUACUGCGAAUACCCAUUAGCAAUUCCUGGUCGAUCAAACGGUAGAACAUCGUUUUUAGCUUUUUCGACCGAUUUACUAGGGCGCGGUUUAUAGGGGGAGGAGGCAAUCCCUGAUUAAUGGCUAGUCUUCUAACACCUCGUAUAUUUAUUAUUCUACAAAUUGAGACCAAAGAAAUUUCAUGCCCAUGUGCAUUCUGCCUUUUUUAUCACAUUUCCGGUGAAAUUCUGACUGGAAAACUUUUUUUGGUGUACCUCCACUUAAAAUGGUCAUGGAGGAGCCAUUUUUCAGAACUUGGAGUAGAAAAAAAUCAGAGUCUUAUCUAAUUGGUUUGUCUAUCAAACAGCGUAGGCCGGGUUUGUUUAAGUUGUGCCAGAUUUUUCGCGCAAGCGUUUGAAAAUUUCUACGUAAGGAUGGCCCAUGCUCUGUAUAAGUAGCUACAGUCCCCAUCUAUAAUUUAUAUAAAUUUCACCAAAUUUCCUGUUACCAUUCAUUUUUUACACGCAAUAAACCAACUGCCACUUUCAUUAGUAUCACCCCCUUACAUGCCUAUGCUCAAUUUGUGAGAUACAUGAAGAUUAUUAUUCGAACGCCAUAUUGAAAUUUUGAAAUUUUAUUUCA